GUGUGUAUAUUAUGAGUAUAUAUUUAUAUAUAGUCACACGCACACACUAUAGAUUUAUAUGCGCGCGCACAUAGACACAUAUAUGAUAUUGAGGUCGAGCUGAGAUGAACCUUUGCAUACGAAACCGGACUGGGAGGGGUCGCUGCGAGCUGAGGGCUUCCAUUGGCUGCGUGCAUUUGCAGUGGUGCAGGGGUAUCUCUAAUCAUAUUCAGCAUGUUUUGCACAAGAAAUGUCAGCCAGAAAGGAAUAUCUCCUCUCUUCGCCAAAUUAUCCCACCAUAAUGUCCUGCUCCGAGAGUCCGGCGGCCAAUUCUUUCCUGGUGGAUUCGUUGAUCGGCGGAGGCAGAGGAGAGCCGGGGGGCUAUUACCAGGGCAGUGGGGGUUAUCUACCCCAGGCUUCAGAGGUGUCAUAUGGACUGCAAAGCUGUGGACUUUUCCCAGUUCUGGGCAAACGGAAUGAAGGUAUCCCCCCCAAUAACACAGCACCCCCUACAUCUCAGAGCUAUGGGCAGGGCAUGGAAGUGUGGCUAGAAGCCCCCAGGUCGUGUCGCGUGGGGCAAUCGGAGAGCCAGGCGCCCACCUCCUGCUCCUUUACCCAGAACAUUAAAGAGGAGAGCUCCUACUGCUUGUAUGACUCAGACAAAUGCCCGAAAGCCUCAGCUGCCACAGAGUUAUCCGGCUUCCCAAGGGUUAACUCUGAGCCCAGCCCUGACCCAAAUGUGAGUUCUGUCCCGGUACCGGGCUACUUCCGCUUGUCCCAGGCUUAUGGCUCUUCCAAAGGUUAUGGAACUGGCCAGAUUGUUGCUUCCCAGUUCCCAGCCCAGUCCCAAGUACGUUUCGAUGCGCCUGCGUCUUUGUCCUCGGUGCCUACAGAAAACGCCAGGAAAGAGCGUGUAGAAUCGCCCGUUAGCAAGUUACCCGUGGGCUCCCAGCAGAGGAGGGAAGAGGAGACUCUCAGUUCUUCUGCUGCAGAAGAAUCAUCCCCGGCUCCCUCUGACAGCAGCAAAAACUCUCCUGGCAAAGAGCUUGUAGGAAAUGCGAAAGGUGAGAAUACAGCGAACUGGCUGACGGCUAAGAGUGGGCGGAAGAAGCGGUGCCCUUAUACCAAACACCAGACGCUGGAGCUGGAGAAAGAAUUCCUGUUCAACAUGUACCUGACUCGCGAGCGGCGCCUAGAGAUCAGCCGGAGCGUGCACCUCUCGGACAGACAAGUAAAAAUCUGGUUCCAGAACCGCAGGAUGAAACUCAAGAAGAUGAACCGAGAGCACAGAAUCCGCGAGCUCACAGCCAACUUCAACUUCUCCUGAUGCCUCUCCUCCUAGCACCCUCCCUCCCUCAGGACUCCCAGUGCCAGUACUGUUUGGCUUCCACCUGUGCGGAGUGACACAUUUUGUACAUUGUCAGUACUGUGUCCAUAAUCCCACCCGGUACCUUUUUCUAAAGCGAACCACCGUUGCGCAUUUUUUAUUUUUUGUUUCCUAUAUUUUCUCAUUCUAAGAUUAUUUGAAGACAUAUGGUCGCAGAGGUUAGAGAAAAGCUAUAUUAUUUCUAUUUGUAAAAUGUUUUUGUUUUUUUUAAGGUUCGAUCGAGCAUUUUCGUAUAGGUUCAAUUUUAUUUUUUAGCAAAAGGUAUUUAACAACGCGCGUUGCAUUGGGUGGAACUAAAUACGCAAUAUUUGCCCAGAAAAGGAAAAAAAAAUGUUUUCUUUUAAUUAUUAUUCUUUAGAGGAGAACAUACACCGCAAAGGACUAUAAUUUAUCUUGUACAUUAUUAGAUUAUUAAUUAAACAGGUCAUGGUAAUUUGCUUUCCAGGUGACCUGCACAAGAGAAGCACACCCCAAGCUACACUCUUUCAUUGUCUCUUUAAAUCUGUUACCUACUGGUUUUCCAUUUUUAUUUUUUUAUUUUUUUUCAAUUUGAAAUGACAGGGGCUGGUCAUGGAAUGAAUUAUGAAUAAUGGAAGAUAUUCCCAUUCCAUACUGUGAAUUUACCUGCUUUAUCUUUUUUUUUUUUUUUUUUUUGGAACUUUACUUACAGAACUUUAUAGAUUCAGAUAUGUGUAAAUGUUUAUUAAUAUUAAAAAGAAAGAAAAUAAAAAGCUAUGGGAUUUUUUUACCUUAAUUAUUAAUGUUAGUUCUGACGUCACCGGCUUCCUCCUGAUGAAUUCAUAUUGUAAUGCUGCUGUAAUGAUGAACAGACCCAUGUUUAUGUUCCCAAUGAAGAAUAAAAGAAACAUGCAAAGA